AUGCAGUGCAUUGCAAAAAAAGUGACAAAAAACUGGAGCUGGAUCUCAAAUGCUCAUAAUGCAAAUAAAGCAAGGAUUUUGAUACUUUGGGAUAGUGAUCUACUCUUUGUACAACUAAUCUCUUCCUCAAAUCAAUUCAUAACUUGUAAAAUUGAAUCAAAAGAUGGCAGGUUAUCAUGUCUUAUUUCAGUUGUGUAUGCAUUCAAUGACAUGACUGGAAGGAAGGAGCUCUGGCAGGAUCUAAUAGCCUUCAAACAGCAAGUUAAUGGACCAUGGAUUAUUGGAGGUGAUUUCAACACAGUUGUUAAAAAUGAUGAGAAAAUUGGAGGUACAAUUCUAUCUGAUUCUGAUUUUGAGGAUUUUCAGAAUUUCAUAUCUGCUUGCCAGCUUUAUACAUCAAGUCAAGUUGAAUAUUUAGUGCCUAACUGUUCCGAUCAUUCUCCUGCUUUAAUCACAAUAGGACAGGAAGAUUUUAGGGGGAAAAGGCCUUUCAAAUACUUUAAAAUGUGGAGUACUCAUCCUGAUUUUCUUCAAGCAGUUAAGAACAUAUGGGAGCAAGAUAUUAAUGGCUAUCAGAUGUAUAAGCUCCAUACAAAACUAAAGAAGCUCAAGCAUGUUCUGAAGGAUCUGAACAAAAGGAAUUUUAUGAAUAUAAGUGAACAAGUGCUUAGGGCUAAAGAGGAUCUUAAUGUGAUUCAGCAUCAACUGAACUCUGAUCUCUUCAAUCCUGAAUUGAUUUCAAGAGAAAAGGAUUGUCUUGUAAAAUAUGUUAGAUUGGUUAAUUGUGAAACCUCCUUUUAUAGACAAAAGGCUAAUAUCAAAUGGGGAAUCCAUGGGGAUAAGUGCACACAAUACUUUCAUUCAAUCAUGAAGGCAAAGAGACAUCAAAAUAGAGUUCUGUCCUUAUACACUGAAGAUGGAAUCGGAUUGACUGAUAUGAAUGAAAUUAUUGCUGAAUUCAUUGGCUACUAUGAAAAGUUAUUGGGCACUGCUGUACCUGUUGCAAAGCCUGAUUAUCAAGUUAUUUCUAAUGGUCCUAUUCUUUCUACAAAUCAAAGUGUUAGCUUGAGCUUACCUGUUACAAGAGAUGAGAUUAAGCAAGCCAUUUUCUCCAUGUCUGAUGAUAAAGCCCCUGGUCCUGAUGGGUAUAGUGCCUCCUUUUUCAAAGCAGCCUGGGAUAUAAUUAAUGAGGACUUUUUUCUUGCUGUUGAAGAGUUUUUCUAUUCUGGAAAGAUGCUUGGUACCUUGAACACUACAUCAAUCACUCUUGUGCCUAAGAUACCCAAUCCAAAGUCACCUUCUGAUUUUAGGCCAAUCUCUUGUUGCAAUUGUGUCUACAAGGUGAUCACUAAGAUAAUUGCCAACAGGAUUCAAAAGGUGAUGGGGGUUCUUAUCAGUGAUGCACAGAGUGCAUUUGUCAAAGGCAGAGCUAUUUCUAACAAUAUCCUUUUGGCUCAUGAACUCAUUAAACAUUAUGGUAGGAGACAGUCUUCACCAAUAGCUAUUUUAAAUAUUGAUCUUAGGAAAGCUUUUGACACCAUUAACUGGGAAUUCAUUAAAGAUAUGUUGAAGGGUUUGGGAUUUCCGGAUAUCAUGAUUGGUUGGAUAAUGGAGUGCAUUUCAACUCCAAAGUUCUCCUUAUCAAUAAAUGGCUCUCUUCAUGGAUUCUUCAAUGGUGCUAGAGGACUGAGACAAGGAGAUCCCCUCUCCCCCUAUCUAUUUGUCUUAGGUAUGGAGCUCAACAUCACCCAUCUGUUUUUUGCUGAUGACCUCCUUUUAUUUGGAAAGGCUGAUAUGGGUUCUAUUGCAAGGCUAUACUCAUGUCUUCAAGAGUUCAGCAGUGUAUCUGGGUUAGAAACAAAUCCAAAUAAGUGCUCUGUGUAUAUAAGUGGUGUUGAUGAAGAUCUUAAAGCUCAGAUUUGCUCCUACUUGAAUUUUUCUGAAGGUAUGCUGCCUGUUAGAUAUCUGGGGAGAUUACAACUGAUUAAGUCAGUGAUUUUGGGUAUUCAUGUUUUCUGGACAAGCAUCUACAUUUUGCCGACAAGAGAUAAAGCUCAUGGUGGUCUAGGAGUUUAUUCGGCAAGUACAUGGAGCUAUGCUGCAGCCGCAAAACUCUUGUGGAUGAUCCACCUCAAGAAAGAUCUACUAUGGAUAAAAUGGGUGCAUGAAUACUAUAUGCGUCAUACAAAUAUCUGGCAGGUGAGAGCAAGAGUACAUGAUUCAUGGGCUUGGAAACAGCUUACAAAAGCUAGGGAUAUGAUGCUUAACAAAUUUGGAUCUAUUAGCAGACUGCAAAAUGUCAUUAGUAGUUGCAGUUUGAAUGACAGAGUAAAAAUCUCCUCUAUUUACAGGGUUUUACAACAUUCAAAUCCCAUUGCUGAAUGGUGCAACACUAUAUGGGAUGGUCUUCAAAUUCCCAAGCACUCUUUUAUCUUAUGGUUAGUUGCUCAAUCAAGGCUUCUAACCCAAGAUAGAUUGUGUCGUAUGGGGAUUAUCUCUUCAAAUCAGUGUGCAUUAUGUUCAAACAACUUGGAAACCUGCAGUCACUUGUUUUUUGAAUGCCAGUACUCAGCUACAGUUUGGAACCUAGUGAUGGACUGGUUGAAGUUUAACUGGAAAUCUUGUAACUGGGAUUCCAUAAUUAACUGGUUCAGUCACAGUUUGAAAAGGAAGAGGAAUUUUACAGAGAAAUUGAAGCGUAUGGCUCUAGCUGUAUCGGUCUACAUGCUAUGGAGUGAGAGGAAUCUUCGAAUUUUCCAGGAGAAAGCCAGGCAACCUGACAUUCUUUUUCGAGCCAUUAAGAUUACUAUCUACUCAAAAAUCCUAAAUGAAAAUUUUCCUUUGCAUAUAAGAGAUAGGAUUAGAGAGAUAUAA